CACACAAGAAACUAAAAACCAAAAGAGUUGCAGAGGAAAAACAGAACAAACAAAGUUCACCGACAAUGCCAAUCUACAGGAUUGCAAUCGGAACACCAAGAGAUGCCAGCCACCCUGAUGCGAUAAGGGCGGCACUGGCAGAGUUCUUCUCCAUGCUUAUCUUCGUAUUUGCCGGAGAAGGAUCUGGGAUGGCUUUCAACAAGCUAACAGACAAUGGAUCGACGACACCGGCUGGACUAGUGGCAGCAUCACUGGCUCACGCAUUUGCGCUCUUCGUGGCGGUAUCUGUCGGCGCAAACAUCUCUGGUGGCCAUGUAAACCCUGCGGUGACAUUUGGUGCAUUUAUUGGAGGAAACAUAACAUUGUUGAGGGGGAUUUUGUAUUGGAUUGCUCAAUUGCUUGGCUCAGUUGUCGCUUGCUUGCUGCUUAAAUUCGCAACUGGCGGAUUGGAAACAUCAGCAUUUUCGCUAUCAUCCGGUGUGUCGCCAUGGAACGCAGUCGUUUUCGAGAUCGUCAUGACUUUUGGGUUGGUUUACACAGUUUAUGCCACAGCAGUUGAUCCAAAGAAAGGAAAUGUGGGGACUAUUGCACCAAUUGCAAUUGGUUUCAUUGUGGGUGCUAACAUUUUAGCUGGUGGUGCUUUUGAUGGUGCAUCCAUGAACCCAGCAGUCUCCUUUGGCCCUGCUGUGGUUAGUUGGACUUGGACUCACCAGUGGGUUUACUGGCUCGGUCCACUCAUCGGUGCUGCCAUUGCUGCCAUUGUCUAUGACAACAUUUUCAUUGGCAACAACGCUCACGAGCCACUCCCAAACAAUGAUUUCUAAGGACUUCCAUCCCAAUAAAAUCUCUGUUUUUUUUCUUCUUUCUUAGAUUGAGAGACUAAAACUGGGGGCUUAAAUGCAAUUGUUGAAGUGAUGAACUAGUGGAGGAGCUAGGAUUUGUUGUACUUUUCUUUUAGUUGUUGAAAGAAUUCCUUUUGUUGCUUUUAGUUACUUGUUGAAUCUGCUGAAUUGUCUCUUCAUUUCAGUCAUUUAGUUGAGAAGCUCUUGUUGAGUACUGAAUUCUUGGGACUAAAAUAGUGAUAUGAUAUGGUGGUAAAUUUUGUGCG